AUGUACAGGGCUCCGAUCAUGUGCCUUUGGCUCAACAGGAACGAAUCCCACGAAGCUGGAACCGCUUCCACAAUGACAACAACAACAACAACACCGCAGUCGUCACCAUCGUCAUCCUCUGCAACAAAUGAACUUAUUCAAGUCUUGGGGCGUGAUAUUGUCAUCUCUUGUAUUGGUGGUGGACUUAUUUACUGGAUAUACCAUCGUCGUCGUGUCAACCAAGUUCGACGUCUUCUUGGUUUGCCCCCCAGGACCAGCUUGGGUGAUAGACUUACUGGAAUUUCAUCUUCCGUUGUUUCGACAGCGCUGAAGCUUGGUGAGAAGGUUGUGAACCUACUUGCCCUUGCCGUCAUUAUUCAAUGUCGCUUGGUACCUGCAAUAUUGGUCCGAUGUGCCUUUGCCUCGAAAAACUGGUACCACUUGACGUUUGGACGACGAUGA